CAUGCGCUUUAUGAACGUGCAUCUGUUCACAGUUGAAAUGUGGGUCUAGAAAUGUAAUAAAUCUGUUUCUUUUUACGCCAGAUAGGAAUUAAGAAGAAGAACUGUAUUGUAGAGUUUAUCGACAAUCGCUAUCUGUCUAGGUUUCAGCAAUGCCUGCUUUUCGCCAGGUCGGGGAGAAACAGCUCCCAAAUCCAAUUCUGUUCAUGGCCUGGUCUCCGAAGAGAGAUCUUAUUGCCCUGGCAAACACUGCAGGAGAGAUUCUCUUGCAUCGCCUUGCCAACUUCCAGCGUGUUUGGAGUUUACCACCCAAUGAGAAUACAGGAAAAGAGAUCACAUCACUGGCCUGGAGACCUGAUGGGAAAAUCCUGGCAUUCAGUGUGGGAGACAUGAAGCAGGUUGUGCUGUGUGAUGCAGAGAAGGCAGAGAUCCUCCACUUGUUCCCAGUGCAAUUCCCAGCAUCCUGCAUGCACUGGAUGGAGGUGCAAGAUGACAGCAGCACAUUGUCCUCAUUCAGCAAGUCAGAGGAUGAGUCCAGCCGUUUCCUUCCGAAGCUACCAACCCUUCCCAAAAACUACUGCACAACAUCGAAGAUAUUUAGUGAAGAGAAAUCAGAUGAAGUCACAACCCUUUUGGGUGACGUGAGGCUCAAUAUUCUCGUGGUUGGUGGGCACUCUGGGUUUGUAGAGCUGUAUGCGUAUGGCCUAUAUAAGAUCGCCACGCUAGGUGGGAUCUCAGGGACCUGCCGUAGUCUUGGACUGUCCAGUGACCUCAAGUCCCUCUCUGUUAUUACAGAAAUCAGAUCCACGGAAGACAAUCCUGAGAUUCAUUACAUACAGCUGGACACUGGGCUGCUUGCUUCGUGUCUGCCCGAGCUGACCAAGAUGGCACGCAAGUUUACACAUAUUUCAACAUUGCUACAGUACCUGCGUCUCUCUCUCAACUGUAUGUGUGAAGCAUGGGAGGAGAUUCUUACGCAGAUGGACCUCCACCUCACUAAGUUUGUCCAGGAAAAGAACACAAGCACUCAGGUUCAGGAUGAGUUUCGGGAGUUACUGCUGUGGGGUCAUGCAAGCCCUGAACUUCAGGCUCUGCUCAUGAAUCAACUCACAGUCAAGGGUUUGAAAAUGUUGGGCCAGUCUAUUGAUUCUUCCUACUCAAGUAUCCAGAAACUUGUUAUCAGUCACUUGCAGAGUGGUUCAGAGGCUCUGCUGUAUCAUCUGAGUGAGGUCAAAGGGAUGGCACUCUGGAAGCAGAAGUUUCAGCCUCUCGGCCUGGAUCCUUCGGUCAUCGAGGAUGCUAUUGUAGCAGUGGGCUCUUUCACCCUGAAGGCAAGUGAACUUUUACAAGUCAUUGAUAAGAGUAUGAAGAACUUUAAAGCUUUUUUCCGUUGGCUGUAUGUUGCAAUGCUUCGAAUGUCAGAAGAUCAUGUUCCUCCUGAGCUUAACAAGAUGACUCAGAAGGAUCUGGCUUUUGUGGCUGACUUCCUGUCUGAGCAUUUCAGUGCUAAUGAAGAGCUAUUUGAUCGGAAAGGGAAGUAUUUUAAUGUUGAGCGUGUCGGACAGUACUUGAAGGAUGAAGAUGAAGACUUGGUGUCUCCGCCCAGCAUGGAGGGCAACCAAUGGGUGACAUUUGUUAAGCAGAGUACUCACCUGAAAGACAGUCCACUGCUCUUCUCCACAAACCCACAUAAGUCUCUGCACUUUGUCAAGAAAAUGAUGGAAGGCACCAUUGAUCUGUGCUUACAGAAACCAGCCGAGGUCAUUGGGCGUUCAGUAAAACAAGCUGUGUGUUUAAAACUGUACACGCUGCCUGAGAGCUCUGAAAAUACACAAAGGCUGUUUGAGCUGCCAUCACUGUGGAAUGAUAAGAAGGCUGGUAUGCAUUAUAUAGUAUUCUGCAUGCCAGAAAUCUCUCCCAACAAAAUCUUUAUAUUAAGGAGAGCAACAGACCCUAGCAGGUCUGUGCCUAAUGGUCUGGUGGCCCUUAACAUCAGCUCUCCUCUCAACUCUAGUAUAUCCAGUAUAGAUGAUGAAGCACCAGCAUCAAAUUCUGUUGACUCCAUGUAUGGUUGCCUUGAUGCCCGUUUCUAUGAUGAUGAAACAUUGACUGUGAUAUUGCAAAGUCUGGAAGAUGAUGAGAAUAAGAUGCGUGUCCUUGUUCAGCUUCCUCUAAAAUCUGCUUUAUGCUGGGAGGAGGAGUUCACCUGGGACAUUAUGCUCAGACUGGAGCAGCAGACUAAAGGGAUCCCUGUCCACGGUCUGACUUGGGGAAACCAGAGCAGAGAUCUGGAGAACAUCAAAGCUCAGUUUGUUGUUGUUAAUGGGAUUCGCAAAGUGGCCUGUCUGCUGAGUGCCAAUCUGAGGCAUGUACGUGUGUUUGAAAUGGAUGCAGAAGAGGAGGAGGAGGAGGAAGAGGGUGUUGAUGAGACACAGGAAAUGAGCUUAGACCAGGACAGACUUGAGGAUACAUUAACAAGUCAGAGUGACACUGGGGAAGGAGGAAAUGGAGGGGGUGGGGCUGAGGGUUCUCAGGUGACAGGGCAAGGGUCAGGAGGCAUUCUGAAUGACACUGCAGUGUCAGAUACACUUUGAACAUUAAUCAUAUCUGACACCUGAACUAUGCACUCUUCUACAAACUCAGAAUCACUUCAUGAUCACCAGUUUUGGGCUUGUACUAAAAAACAAUAUAUUGUGAUAAAAAAAUCUAAAGAACAUUUCACAUUCUCAUUUGUAAAUAAAUGGAUUUACUGUAUAAUAAGCUUAUUACAUGAGUGAGUAGGGUUGUAAUCCCCUUUGUAUUAAUAAAAACUUAAAUGUGUAGGUGUCUCCCUAGGGCCAAGCUUCUAAACCUCUGUGAAGUUGGUACCACAUAUAAUUAAAUAA